CGAAAGCGCAUCUUAAGUAAUCAUAGCUCUUCUUUUGGAAGGAUUCUAAAAUGGCUUCAACAAGAUAUCUAAUAACUUUGACAUGUUUCUGCCUACUCCUAUCAACAGAGCUUUGGAUCAAAGCUGUAACAGGUUAUCACCAUAAUAACCGAGGAAAUUCUGGCAUUGAAAUGCUUUUGGCGGCAGGAAUCCUCGCCAAGCUGCUGAACAAGCACCACCAUGGCCAUCACCAAAGCCACCCUAUCCCAAUCCCAAUUCCAAUUCCCGUUCAUCAUGGUGGUGGUGGACACGAAGUCAUUCAUCACGGUCAUCAUGACCAUCAUGGUCAUCACAGUCAAAACUACUAUGACUAUGCUCCAUAUGGAGAAACAUACUAUGCUGCUCCUUCUGGGUAUAUGCCUGCUUAUUAUAAAUAACUUUAAAAGUAUGCAAUGUUUGUAGGGAUAAGUAUUGUACAUACAUUUAAUCUAUAUUAGUUAUUUCUUUACCAAUAUGUACAUAUUCAUAUUAUUGAUAUUCAUAUUUAAUGGUAUUUGGUGUGUACGAAGUUCAUCAUUAGUUGGAAAUUCAUACUAAAUACUCACAUUUUGGGGUAAUUUUGCCAAAGAAGCCAGUUUAAAAUGUCUUUAUGAAGAUUUAUAAGGAUAUUUUAUACAAUAAUAUCUCUCAGCAUGUACAGGAAAUAAAAAGGAUAUAUCGGCAAUUCUUAUACGUGUAUGGUUCUUAAAUCUGAAAAUGACUAUUUCACUUUCUUCAUUAUUUUUAAAACUUGUAAAUUAAUAAUAAUGUAACAGAAAAAUUAUUAUUUAGUUUUUCAUUUUUAUUAAGUUUCCUUAAAUAGCCCUUUAUAUCAAAAACCGCUUGCCAAUUAUAUCAUGAAAGUAGAGUGCAAAUACUUAAAAAAAUAGCAAAUUAAAAAUAUUUCCUUUAUCAUUAUGUUACAUUCAAUAUGAUUAAAUUGUUAUCAUUAAUAAUAUACGGUAAAUGUAAUAAAUCGAUUAGCCACUUUUAUCUGUUAUUAUUAAUAAUAACCGGUAAAAGUGACUAAUCGAUUAGUAACAUUAAUUUCAAUAAUUAAAAAUGCGUUGUUUAUUUAAAUACAGAUACCGCGAAAUAAUGUAAUAUUUAACACCAUUUUGUAAGGAAUGUACUAAUAAGUUCAAUACUUGCGAAAUUACUUCAAUAGUAUCUGUAUAACUUCGAAUACCCUGAACAAGUUACCUAACUAAGCUUACUAGGAAAUUGUUCUAAAAUUUGAAAAGAAAGCAAAUGAUAAAUGAAGCAUAUCUCAAAAAGAACUUUAUAGGAACAUUUGUUUCUGAAAUAUUUUCUCAUAGCUUUUUUUAAAAAUUUAGUUGAUAUCUCGGAAAGUUAGUUUUUUUUAAAAUUUCAUCCUGCUUUAUUUCAUUGCAAACUAUUACAUCCUGCAUGCUUGUUUAAGACAGAAAGUUUUCUGUCAAAUUGUGUACCACUCAUGGUUAAGGAACAAACGGAUUUAAUCAUCCGUUUAGAGUCUAAAUUAAGCCCGCUGUGGAAUUGAGGACAUCUUUUCACACGCCUCAACAUGAAAUACUUCAGAGUUAGUCAACUGUGAAUUUUGGCGUGUGGACCUUCGCGUUACAAUUACACACUUCGUUUACAAAUUGAUUAUGUUCUUCUUCUUUUUAAAUACAUUACCUUUCUUAAUAAAUAAGUGUACAGUAACAUUCUUUAAA